AGCAGUGAGUGGAUACAACACCAAAGAAGUAGAAAACCUGGAAGUGGGCUUUAUUUUGGUUUUGGUCGCGGCGGGAAAGUAAAGGAAGUAAACAAACUAAGCGAUAUUUUUAAAUUCAAACCCGUUUUAUGUUUUAUGUAAUCACACGAUCGUGUAAUUAGGUCCAAAACUAAAAACAAUCACUGAUGAGCAGGCGACGUCAAAGCUAAACGUGCUAACAGACUUAGCUGCGACGUGAACGUUAGCUGAGCAACGGAAACGCUUCAAGCUGAAGACUGUGAGACAUCUUCACCAUGCCAUCCAAACCCAAAGAUGUGUCCAGAUCUAACAUCUCCCCAGUUCUGUUCAUGACCGUGGACGGUAAACCCAUGUCCUUCUAUCUGCGACCGGGUCCCACCAAAUGUAAACUCCAGCCGCUCAUCACGGCCGGAGGAGGGAUCUUGUGCAGUGUGCAGCAGCCAGGGGCAAUCCUGCUGAUGGAGCCUGAGGACAAAGGGUCUAUUGCUGAAAACACUUCUCGCUGGUUCGUGUCCACCGAGUACAUCUAUGACUGUAUAGAGAAAGACGAGCAGCUGGAUGUAGCGUACUACAUGUUGAUUCCUGAAGCUGCUCCAAAACAGUCUGCUAGACCCAACAAUAACAAAGAGAGCUCCCCUGGACUCUUAGGAGGCAGGAUUCCCUACACAGCUGAAGAAGACGAUGCCAUUUUGACAUAUGUCAGCAAACACAAGGCAGACAUCGGUGGAAACCGGCUUUGGCAAGAGAUGGAGAAGCAGCGUGUGACCAGUCACAGCUGGCAGUCAAUGAAAUACCGUUACAGAGUACGACUGGCAAAGAAACAGUCGGCGGAUGCGGAGGAGGAAACAGCAGAGGAAGACUCUACGGCAACAGAGGGAGAGACCAAGGUGGAAGGAAAUCAAGAGACAGACGUUGAGAAUCCGUCCAGACCGAAAGAUGCCGUUUGUCCUCAGACUCAUUUGACAGAAUCAGAUCUAACACAGAUAGAUGACCCAUCCAUACCAGCUGAAAGAACACAAUCAAAACUUGUAGAAGCUCAAACUUCCACCUGUCUCCAAGGAGAAGAGGAGCAUGUGAACUCACAGACACAGAAACAACCGGCUGAAAGCAUACAAGGAGAGACUAUAGAAGCUGAAACAUCGAACUCCCCCCAACCUGAGGGGCCUUGUUUGGAUACAGAGACAGAUGCCCACUCUGUUUCAGCUGAGAGCACAAAACCGGAAACAGAUGAACCACAAACAACUGUGUCUCCACAAAAAGAAAGUGUACCAACGGACUCUUCCCCAGCUCAGCCAGUGUCGAUGCCCAGCACGUCUUCUCAGAAGAAGUCAAACGAGGAGCCGAGAGCCUCGCCCAGGCUGCAACAACAACAGCGCCGAUCAACACGCAGGCAGCUUCAGCUCGAGGAGUCGUUAGCUGAACCUUAUGGUAAAAAACUCAGAUCAUUAGCCAAUUCUGGCAAGCAAUCAUCAUCAUCAUCAUCAUCAUCAUCCCCCCAACCAUUGAGGAAAACUAAAUCAGCUGGUAAGUCUGCUCUUCAGAGAGACACAACAGACAACGAGCCGCCAUCUAAAAGAGCCAAAGGAACGAGUGUGGCAGCAGUGGAGGAGGGUCAACAGGAAGAGAGUGAACAAGCUACCAUCUCUGAGACAACACGAGAAACAGUACGAGAAACACCACAAAAAGCAACGCGAGAAACAACACAAGCAGAUACAGAAUCUGAUUCCGCGCCACAGAAAGGAGGGAAGAAAAAACAAAAGAGAAAGUUUGGGAUUCUCGAGUGGGCUACAAAAGAGUUUGAAGAUGACAGUGAGUGUGAUGAGGACGAAGCUCCAGAUCUCCAAAAUCCAACUGAAACAGUGACGACGCAGCCCACAUCGACAGAACCCCCUCCAUCUACUUCAGACACAGCCGUUUCUGCACAGUCCAACCCUGAACGUGGACCAGGCCUCCAGGACAAUGUGCAGGAGACUCAGGCCUCCAGUGAAAACUGCCCAACAGAGACCACCGGUGCUGAGCCUGCAGCUGCUGAGGCUGUCAGUGCGACCUCCAAGGCCCACCUGUUCAUCUUUGAAAGUGAAUCUCAAGAGGAAGAAUCUCAGUCCAUUAUCAGUGACAGAACAGUAGCUCCAGCCAACCCACUGCCAACAAUGGACAAAGAUGCUGCUUUUUCACUAACUCAGGUCCAGUUGGAAGAAGACAAGCAGCAAAUCAAAGAGCUGAUGGAGAAGACAAACCAGGAUUUAGUCAGUGUGACCAAAGCACUGUUGAAGACCAGCGGCGACUUCUCUGCUGCUCUCGAUCUACUUUCAGAUCCGUCGUCUUUUUCAGGACCACUUUGGAAACGCUGUGACGACACUCUUUUGUGCUCAGCUGAUCCUGCCGUCCGACAGCAACUGCAAGAGGAAUUUGGUGAGGAGGAAGUGGCCAAAAGAAUCUUGUUCCUGGAGGUAGAGGGCUGAAAUGACAGAUGAUUAGUUAGAAAGGAGGCGAAUGUGAGCUCUGGACUUGAAGCUAUGCUCAUCACCAUGAACUACUGUGAUAUGAGCUUGUUAGCAUGUUCUAUCCCUUAGUUUGGAGACAGAAUCUUUUAAUGUGUUUUACUAUGGAAAUACUGUAUCAAUCUGUGUUUUAUUUUUGUUUUCAUUGAACCGCCUACUAAAUUAAUACCAUUUAAAAAAAAUCUGCUUUUCAUUAUGAAAUAAAUCUUUUU